AUGCAGCCGCGGCAGCUGGCCGCCCAGGUGCUCAACUUCGCCCUCGUCCUCUCCACCGCGUUCAUGCUCUGGAAGGGCCUCUCCGUGGUCUCGGACUCGGCCUCGCCCAUCGUCGUGGUGCUCUCCGGCAGCAUGGAGCCGGCGUUCCAGCGGGGCGACCUCCUCUUCCUGUGGAACCGGGGGCAGGAGACGCAGGUGGGCGAGGUGGUGGUGUACAACGUCCGGGGCAAGGACAUCCCGAUCGUGCACCGGGUCAUCCGCAGAUUCGGCGGCGGGACCGAACCUCUCCAGCUGCUGACCAAGGGCGACAACAACGCUGCGGACGACACGGAGCUGUACGCGCGAGGCCAGAGCUACCUCGACCGGAAGGAGGACGUCGUGGGCAGCGUGGCGGGCUACGUGCCGUACGUGGGAUAUGUGACGAUCCUGCUGAGCGAUUACCCGUGGCUGAAGACGGCCAUGCUGGUGUUCAUGGCGGUCACGGUGGUGUUACAACGAGAAUAA